UCACUUCACUUCCUGUUUUUUUCUAUGUUUUUUUUAAAAUACUACUUUUAAAAGAAAGACAAAAAUACAGAGGGAGAGCAUGGUGGCAGUGGUACAACCGCACUAACAUCAAAAGGAAUUUACCAUACGCAGCUGAAUUUACUGUUAUAUCUUUACUAUCUUUACGUCUCUCGCUGUACUUUGCAUGCACGCGCACACACAUAGCCAUCCAGCACAGAUUUGAGAGUUGUAAUCUUGGUGUAAAGCAAUUGAGAACGAGAAAAGGAUUCUGAUUACAAAUAUCGACUCUUUCACAGGUUUUUAAAUCCCGUUUCUAACUGAAAGAAAAAUGGUCAGGUGGUUUCAUCGUGACAUCAGUGGAAUUGAUGCUGAGACACUGCUAAAGAGUCGUGGGGUACCAGGAAGCUUUUUAGCACGCCCAAGCCGUAAAAACCAGGGAGACUUCUCCCUGUCAGUAAGGUUGACUGACUCAGUGACGCACAUACGGAUCCAGAACACAGGGGAUUAUUAUGAUCUGUAUGGAGGAGAGAAAUUUGCAACCCUCUCAGAAUUAGUAGAAUACUAUACCACCCAACAUGGGACUCUACAGGACAAAGAUGGAACCCUCAUUCAACUGAAGUACCCCCUAAACUGUUCCGAUCCUACAUCUGAAAGGUGGUAUCAUGGUCAUCUUUCUGGUAGUAAUGCUGAAGUCCUGCUCAAGGAAAAUGGUUUCUCUGGAAGCUUCUUGGUGCGAGAGAGCCUUAGUAAGCCUGGAGACUUUGUGCUCUCUGUUGUGACAGAUGAACUCAAAGAGGUCAAUGGAGAGAAGAAGCCACGAGUGACGCACAUCAAGAUUCUGAGUGAGGAUGGGAAAUAUACUCUGGGCGGCAAGGAUCGUUUUGAUUGUCUUCCAGAUUUGGUGGAAUUCUACAAAAAAGAAUGCAUUGAAGAGGCAUCAGGAGCCAAGAUUCGACUUAGACAGCCUUGUUAUGCUACAAGAAUUAAUGCUGCAGAUAUUGAAAGCCGUGUACAAGUCCUGGCAAAAUCAUCCGAGGACACAGAAUCAGCAAAAGCAGGAUUCUGGGAAGAAUUUGAUCGUCUGCAAAAACAGGAGACUAAGAAUUUAUUAAGUCGAGCAGAGGGUCAGCGUCCAGAAAACAAGACUAAGAAUCGUUACAAGAACAUUUUACCCUUUGAUGAAACACGAGUCAUCCUGAAGGACAGAGAUCCCAAUGUUCUUGGUUCAGAUUACAUUAACGCAAAUUAUGUUGAGAAUCGGUUGUUUGGGGGUGGAAAGAUGUAUAUUGCUACACAGGGCUGCCUUCUUGCCACUGUUAAUGACUUCUGGCAAAUGGUGUGGCAGGAGAACACACGGGUGAUUAUCAUGACGACGAUGGAAGUGGAGAAAGGUCGGAAUAAGUGUGUCCCUUACUGGCCUGAAAUGGAUGGAGCAAAGGAUUUUGAACAAUACUAUGUCAGAUGUACCCAAGAAAAUAUUCUGAAGGAAUAUAAAAUACGUGUCCUAGAAGUGUGCCCCAUGGAUGAUGGAGACAAUAUUAGAGAGAUAUGGCAUUACCAAUAUACUGCCUGGCCUGACCAUGGUGUCCCGAGUGAACCUGGUGGCGUGCUUGGUUUCCUGGAGGUGGUAAACAAGAAACAACAGGAGCUUGGAAGUGUGGGCCCCAUGGUGGUGCACUGCAGUGCAGGAAUUGGUCGAACUGGAACAAUAAUUGUGAUCGACAUGCUAGUGGACACAAUAGAUCUUAAAGGAGUAGACUGCGAUAUUGACAUUCAGAAAACUAUUCAAAUGGUGCGGUCCCAGAGGUCAGGAAUGGUUCAGACAGAGGCUCAGUACAAGUUUAUCUAUAUGUCCGUAGCUCAUUACAUUGAAACCGUAAAGAAACGUCUCGAAGCUGGACAGAAUCCCAGCAAUGAAUCAGAAUACGGAAAUAUUAGGACACUGGGACUGAAAAAUCCACAUGCAAAGGCAGCACGCAAAUCGUCACAUCAAAAAGAAGAAUCUCAAGUGUAUGAAAACCUGGGCUCCUUAAAGGGGAAGAAGGAGGACAAAAUGAAAAAACAGAAGUCCUCCGAAGACAAAGUCAAAGCUUCCAGUAAGACAUCCUCAAUAAAGAAGAAAUGAAAAUGAUACGUGAUACUUCGUAGAGUCUCAGAAGACCUACUUUCCAGUUCAUAUGAUCUGCAUUGAACCUUGGAUCUCCUGGAAGCUACCCAUGGACAUUGGACCCUCCUUUGUGUUAUUACUAGGACUUUACCACCUGAGUUCAUCUGUCAUUGAAUAAUGCUUGCUUUUCUUCUUAACCACCUGUUCUACUGGAACUUUAUUUGCUUACAGCACCUUUAGAAACUAAUAUUAGUUUUCAAAGAAAUCCAAUGAGAUAUGAAGUCUGGAAUCUUUUUUUUUUGGGAGUACAAAUAUGGCCUGCUUUUGAGUGUUCAUGUUAUUCACUUGAUUCUGAACUUCUGCAACUCAGACAAUGAUAUGUAAGUUGUAAAUGCAAAGGGAUCAUCUAUAACAACCUUCCGCAUCAGCACUGACACAGCUGGUGUGUGUCCUUCCAUUCCUGAUGCCCUGUGUCUGACAUAUUCCAUUUCAAAGAGGUUGAAGAAUGAUAUAUUUUACAGGCUUGUUUGUGAAUUGUGUGGCUGUUUUCUUUCAGGUUUCAUGGUCUACAGAUUUGGUAACUACGCAAUGUGUUUUGAUUUUCAGUGUAGGCACUGUGUUUUUUUUUUUUUUUUUUUCAACUGUCCUAAAAAAAUAUGUCUUUAUCUCAAGUCUAUGGUUUCAUUUUUGAUGCACUUGUACAGAAAGGUUUACAUGUAUUUUAAGAAUUGUCUUGGCUCACUGCAGAUUUGGUUUUACCAUAAAUACAGUUGGGUUCAAAAUAACUAUCUUUUGGACUACCUAUUUGCUACCUGUUAAUGAGAUAAGAACUGUCAUAUAAAGGAGGCAUUGAAAUAAAAAAAAAACAAAUCCCUUGUGAAAAAAAAUGUUGCUGGCAUUUAACACAGAGAUUUAAGGCUAUGAGCUAUAAAUGAGUUUUUUUGUAGUCCAGCAUUUGAGUAUAUCAUCCUCUGUCCAUUGACAGACAGUGAUGUGUGAAACUGGGCUAGUGUCCUCCAAGGUCUGGCUAUUAACUGCAUAUCCAUGAUCUCAGAAAAACAUAAUUUGUUUCAAUUUACAAAGGUCAGUUUUGUACCAAAGAUAGUCUGUGGUACCAGUGACAGCUUUGAAGGAGUAUAGAGGCAGUUUUGGGCAGGGUGAGUGAAAGGGGGUCAUUUACACUGAAGACAGUUGAUUUUCUUAUUUCCAAUCAUCAAUUUUCAAAGCCUGUUACAUACUAUAAUUAAACUUUGAUCUUCCAUAGUUACAUCUUUCAUUUUCCAAUUGUACAAUUGAAGAAUGUCUUUUUUCUUUGUCCACAGUGACGUUUUAAUUUUCUCAAUACUAACCAAUUGCAUGCAUGCCUUUUAAGAAGUAAUUCCCUAUUUAUUGCAGCAACUUGUAUUAAGUUUUCAUUUUAUGAUUUGUAGACGGUGCUCAUUUUAAAAUACUAAAACGCAUUUUGGUACCUUUUAAUCUUAAAUGACUGACCUUAAUACGUUUGUUCUGCUACAUUUUCUGUAUUACUGUAUUUGUACUGAAGUUUGACUGAAUGUGUCAUCUGGGCCCAGAUUGCAUUUAGGAAUGGUCCUCAGCCUGCUUAAAAAAUAAAAAAAAAUUGAAUAAUUACUGUUUGCUAAACUAUCAACUUAAUCUAUUCCAUUUAGCAGGCUGGCGAUUGUGACCUGCAGUGUCACUUAUAGUGACCACUUAAAACACAGGGCCAUCUGAAAGAAUGGCUCACAAGAGCAAUCUAUUUUAUUUCCAUCUAUCACUCCUUUUUCCCAUUUUUGCACAUGGGGUCAGAGUGUCACUUCAACAGUGACAAUCAGUUAGAGCCAAGGUGCACACCACCAGCUUGCAUCUCUGUCAUGGUUGUUCUUCCAUACUACAAACUUGCAUGCGCACUCACACCUACAGCCAAUUUAGAGUACACAGUCCUCAGCCUGCUUAAAAAAUAAAAAAAAAUUGAAUAAUUAUGCAUGUCUUUGGAAUGUGGAGGAAACCCACGUGAACAAAGGGAGAACAUGCAGACUCCACACAGACAGCAACCCAGGUGAGAACUGAACUAAGGAACCUCUUGCUGUGAGACAAAAAUGGUAUCCACUGCACAACUGUGCUGCCCUAUGUGUAGCAAUUUCAUGUCAGUCUUUAAAGCACCUCAGAAUCCCAAAUGAUGGUCUCUGUACUGUCCAUCUGAUGAACAUGAAAUGGCCAAAACCACCAACUAAAGACAUCCCAAAUGCCGUUACAUCUGCUUGAGUGAAAUGGAUUAGUGCUAAAUAGUGUUUACGUUCAAGAUCUGCUUUUCUCUAACUUCUUUCACCUACAUUUAUUCCCUGCUUGUUUAUCCAUUCUAUUUCCCAUAAAAAGGCUGUUCAAUAUUUCCUCAUCUCUGUUAUCAAUUUUCUGCUAUGGGUGUCAAAUGAAUCUGAAAAUCAUAUCCAAUAUUGUUACCACCCUGUACCUUCUGGAAGCUCCAAGUGGCCAGCUAGACAUACUAGAACAUGAUUUUAUUUGUUUCACCUUGGAUCUUAGUUUUAUAUUGCUAGUCAUACAUUUAGUAUACCACCAAAAUAUGCUUCAGAAACAGAAAAAAUGCCACUUAUCAAUUUUAUUUAGUUAGAAACCACAUAAAUCCAUUAGCCACAUGUGCUGAUUUUCAGAUAUGAUCUGGUUAAGUGACUUACUUAGAGACACUUGGGAUAUAAAUAGACUAUGAUGUGAUCAAACCUACGUCCAUUGGAAGGAUUUCAUUAUGAACUCAUAGCAUCAAUACUCUGCUAAUUAUUUCCACUUCGCUCCGUAUAUGCAGAUGAUAUUUUUGCAUUUGCUGUCUCUGCCUUUUUAUGACUGCUCUCAUAUUUAUGCCUUCAAGCCUUUUUGUAGCUGUCAGUUUGUUUAUCCUUUUAUAACCAUUUUAUAUUACUCAUUUGUAUUUCAUUUUCAUCACUUCUCUUCACAUUCCAUUUUUUUGCAAGCAUUUUAAAUGCCUCUAUCCUGUUGUCUUGUGUACACCUUUAUCACUAUCCCCCCUUCAUUGUCCCCAUUUCUUUUUUUUCUGCCCCACACCUUUUAGUGUGUUAUCCACCAAUCUCCAUCUUCUAAGCAUCACUUCUACGUAUAUUCCUAAUUCUUCUCUCACAUACUUCUUCCUGUUCUGUUUGUUCUGCUGUGCGUUUUCCUCUUUAGUUUUUGUUAAUCUUUUCUAAGUCUUUAUAAUUCUCACAAUCCAGUAAAUGAUAAUAUGCAGCACAGCUACCUAGAAUGCCACAGCAAGUUAUAAGGAGACAAGCAAUGUCCUGUAAGAAAAUAAUAACUUAGUCACUACGACAGUAAAUUCAUUCAAAUAAAGGGGGAUGAUGGCUACUACUGAAGUGUAGCAUACACUUUUAUUUACAUUUAGUGAAGACACCGAAUAACUCCAUAAGUGAUGAUGGUUUGUAUUUCUGUUACAGUAAAUGUGGGUCUCUUAAGGUUCCAACCAUCAGUGAAGGUACUGACGUUCUGAGAUGCUUUCACUAAUAUCUACUUGUCCACAAAGAAACGGAAAGAUGCUGCUUUUGUUUAUCAAUGUUUUGAGGUAGAGCUUUCAUUUUAUCCUCACUUCCAGACAGUUUGAAUGAGUAUAUAUUUACACACACACACACACACACA